UGUGGUGGUGUGGAGAGAAUAUGCGUCACUUAUUAAUGAAGGGUUCUUUUUGUCUUGUACUUUUAUUUUCUAGAUAUCUCAGUAUGAUGAUGAAAGUUCUCUGUGUAAAGAUAUCCCUUCUUUGGAAAUAAAAAAGCUGCAGGAACAGAAUACCAACCUUCGGGCUGCUAUUGCACAAAUGAGGAAAGAAAUGGAGAGUCUUGAUAAGCAGAUGUUGUCUUCUCUUACUCUAGCAGAAGACAGACAGCUUGCAGAGCAAGGUUCAUUGAGCACAAACAAAACUUCAACUGGAACCACACUGAUCAACAUCAAAGUCAGGUCACCUAAGUUGGAUUGUAUAGCAAAUUCAGACACAGAAGAGGGACCAGAACCCAAAGUUCUUGAAGAAAAUAUGGUGGAUUUUGGACAACAGCUAUCUGAUGCAGGUACUGGUGUUGCUUGUCAGUAUAGUGUCAAAUGUACUCUACGAGGACUGCAGAAUAAACUCAAGGAAGCAGCAAGAAAAAUCUCAAUUCUGAGCCAAGAAAAACGGCAACUGAUUGAAAUGGGAAAUAGUCUCAGGGCAGAACUUGGAAUGGUGUUAAACGAAGGACUCUGGCAUCCUGUUAGCUCUAAACACUGCACAGUUUGUAUUGCCUCUGGUAGUCUUCUUCCAAGAGAACUUGUCAGAAGAACACAGUGUCAACUAUCAGUUCUAAAGCAUCUACAGCACAGACUCUCAACACAGGAGUUGCAGUAUGCAGGGCAACAGCAUCCUUCAAGGUUUUCUUCUCUUACUGCCUGCCCUAGCUUAAAGGAAGAAGAAGCUCCAAGCAGCUGUGGGGAAGAAACAGAAUUACCAUUUGCUGAGGUUCGGCUAGAUUUCUCUAUUGAAAAUCAUGGGCCAGAUACAUUCUCAGCAACAAAGGCACAUACAUGCACAAAGACUGUUCAAACUCAGCUGCUCAGUCAGAGUUCUAGUCAAGACCAGCAGGUCCAGCUUUCUUCAUCUAGAGCACAUAAUUUCUGUCAAAUUUUAGAUACGGGAUCAAGCCUUUCUCUACAAAGUCCUCGAAAGAACACGAGCCAGGUGGAGUUUGAAGUUCUACAUUCAAUUGAGCAAUCUGAAGAAUCUCGGCAAAGUGUCAAAGCCAAGGAUAAACUUGAAAUGUCAGCUGAAGAUUUGACAGUCAGAGGAACAAGGCAGGAAAUUCAGCAGAAGAUAAAAUCCAGGAGUUUAUCUUGUGCUCAUCUAUUAAAACCAAAAAUCUCUUCUAGCAUGGCAAAAAUUCGCAAUUAUAAUAUUAAAGACUGAUUUUUAUGUUGACAGCAUGUUGUAGGUUCACACUUGCUAUUUACUUACUUUGACAUCUCUAUAUCAGGUAUAAUUAUUUGCCUCAGUUUUGUAUGUCAGGUUGAGAUUAUUUGCAGCCAGAAGAGAGAACAAGUACUCUGCUUCAUACAGUGAAGCCUAAAAUAAAGGGUUAAUGUAUGUACAUUGAGAUUACAGUCUUCAUUGUUAAUACUGAUUUAUUUUAAUUAUAUACAUUAAGAUUUUCUUGCAUCAUGGAUUUAGAAAUGCCCAGUUAACACAUAGGUAAAGCCUUGUGCCUUCAGGCAGGGCUUGAAGGACUUUAGCAGAUAUUUUGUUGAGAAACUGUAGAUGUGAUUUAAGCUUAGAAGUGGGAUGCCUCAGCCUACUUCUUCUAAAUAACAAUGCAACCGUUAAUCCUGUGCAGCUAUCUUUCUACUUGAAAGAAAGGGGUUUAAAAUUAUUACAUCUGCGUCUGUAUUCUUUCUCAUCUUCUGUAGCUUUCCACUUGCUCAGAGAGCAUGAAAGAAUAUAAAAUUAAAUUUCUAUUGUCACACCA